AUGGCCCGUGUGGACCGCAGUCUGCCCGCCACCUUUUACCGCGGCGGGACAUCCAAGGCGCUCGUCUUUCGCGACGCGGACCUUCCCACAAGCCGCGCCGAGCGCGAUGCCAUCUUCCUGUCAGCCAUGGGUUCUCCUGAUCCCAAUGGACGCCAGUUGGACGGCAUGGGCGGCGGCUACUCUUCCGUCUCCAAGGUCCUCAUCAUUGGCAAGUCGGAACACCCGGACGCCGAUGUCGACUAUACAUUUGCGCAGGUCCUCGUGAACGCGCCGAUCGUCGACUAUGGGUCCAACUGCGGCAACAUGCUGGCGGCUGUUGGUCCGUUUGCACUUGAGAACGGGCUGGUCGCACCCGGUCCGCAGGCGGACAGCCACAAGGUGGUCAGGAUCCUCAAUACCAACACGAACAAGCUCAUCCACUCUACGUUCCCCACCGUGGCUGGAUUCCCAGCGCAGGCUGACCUCUCUGGCGACUUUGCCAUUGAUGGAGUGGCCAACACACACGCUCGUGUCACCCUUGACUUUAUCAACCCGCAGGGAUCACGAACAGGAAAGCUGUUCCCCACGGGCGAGCGACAGGAGGGUCUCGCUUUGCCGGAUGGCACGACGAUCAAAGCGACCCUGAUGGACUGCGGCAACCCAUGCGUGUUCAUCCUAGCCUCUGAUCUCGGUGUCGACUCCACCAUCCUCCCCCCGGACCUGGAAGGGGACAAGGCCAUGCUUCGUCGCCUAGAUGACAUUCGCAACGCGGCGGCAGUCAAGAUGGGCCUUGUCGACUCGCUGGACCAGGCUGGCAAGGCCAAGUCGGUCCCGAAAGUGUGCAUCAUGUCCGCCAAGGCAGACCACAAAGUGCUUUCUGGCGAGACGCUCUCGGCCGACAAGAUCGACCUCGUUACGCGGUGCAUCUCGUCUGGUGACCCACAUCGGGCACUGCCCAUCACGGCGUCGCUGUGCACCGCGGCGGCAUCCCAGAUCGAGGGCACGGUCGUCCACCAAUGCCUCAGCGGGCCCAGGGUGUCUCAGGGCGUCAUCAUCGGCCACGCAUCGGGCACCAUCGAAGUUGACGCUGUGCUUGCUACGGGGCCAGGAGGAGACAUCGAGGUCCCAAAAGCGCGGGUCUUUCGCACAGCAAAAAAGCUCUUUGAGGGCAAGGUGUUUUACUAG